AUGGAUGAUUUGGAAAUAGACGAACAACUGGUGCGGAUUAAAAAGAGAGAUUUAGUGCAGACAUAUUUCUACAAAACGGCAAGCAGAGUGUUCGGUCCCGCUAAAACAAGGGACAGGGUUUUCAUCGCGCCACGGAUGCCCAAACCGCCCGUGUGCAUGCCUAAACCUGCGAGCCAAGUGCCGACAAAAAGUCGACAUAGGUCAGUGGCGGUGGCGGCCAUGGCAUCAGGAGCAGGGGACAGAGACAGUGUUGCUCCAGAGAUGCCUUUGGAUUUUAAUGACGCCAAGCACCAAGACUGGGUUAACCAAAGGAGGUCCUUUCGUCAAGAGUUCGAUAGUUUCUGAGAUUUGUCGAAGUGGGUUAAGAGUAAGCCGACGGUGACCGAGCUGGAGAUGUUGGUUGUGGAGAGAGAGAAAAAGAUUCAGAGAACUCCCUCACUUGUCCCGCGUGUUACUUUGACACCCUUUUAGGCUUAUAAGGUAAAUCACCAAUGAGUGAUGCUGCCAUGGCUCAUAGACCCCAUUAUAUAAAGUAUAUGAAUCACUGUUCUCUGUCUCUUCUCCAGUCCAGAACACGUGCCAGCCUGACCCAUCCUUCUCGACGGGCUUAUGUACCUCGUGCACACGCAGUCUGGUCAACACAGCGCGAGGUAAACAGGUACCUCUGCACUCAUGAUCUCAGACUCUCUGAAGUGGCCAAAUGGCUUGACAAACAUGGCAAGCCAUGCAUCAGUCAGAAUGACCCCCUAGCUGUGUUUGAGAAGGUAGUGAUCCUAUCAAUAAUAUCAUGGCAAUCAUUAUCUGACUGA